AUGAAGGGUCUGUUUUUCCUCCUCCUUUUCGUGCAGCUCCUUGCUGCUUCGAUUGCUGUGUACAAACAAUGGAUUCCGAACACCAAUUUUGAAAAUGCUUCCAACUGGGAUAAAGACAGAAUCCCGUGUGCUAACGAUGUGGUCCUUUUCAAGAGUAAUCAGGAGAUCUCGGUCUUCGUCCAGUCAACUCACUCUCUGACAGACAUGUACCUUCCAUUGAAUGGAGAGUUCAUCAUGACACCUGGUGCAGGAUUUGCAGCUUUUGAUGGCAGCUGGGAUCCAGGCUGUGACACAGGUUCAGCUGUCUCAUUCACUGAUGCUGAGAAGUAUAAGUGGCAUGACCCUGCACAAUGGCAUGCUGCCACCUCCUUGGAGGACCUAGACCAGGGCAAGUACAUCUUUGCAGUGGAUGAAGAACGUGUCCCGUGCCAGUACGAUGAUGCUAUCUUUCAGCCUGAAACCUCCUUCCGAGUAAACAUCGACUCAUCUGAGCGAAUGAUUCAUCUCCGAAGCAUCUCUAUAAUGGGACAGAAGUUCACCAGUGACGUGGCCUUAGCUGAGUACAUGCAGAGAAGCUCGGCCCAGCUGCAGUUCCACGGCAACGGGACCUUCCAGGUGACGAACGCCAGGUGUCCGGACAAAUCGGGCUGUGAGUGUGGAAAUGCUGGGGAACAUCGACAGAUCUGCGCUGCCUUGCUCGGGGAUGCUGGGACUCGGUGCCCAGUGCUUGUGUGCAAGGACCCCUUCCAGCCAGUCGGACACUGCUGUGAAAUAUGCGGAGCCACUAUUUCACUGGAAUACACUCCUGGUUUCGACAUUAGGCAGUAUCAGAACAGAAUUCUUCACGCCUUCCUGAGCCUGCCAAAAUACGCAGGUGUUCAGAUGGCUAUAUCCAAGGUGCGUAAACCUCAGACUUCACGGAACUCCAUUCCAGUCAUCCAGAUUGUGCUAAUGGAUGAUAAGACAGGGUCACAGACGGGGACUAAUGCUGAACAGUUGGCUGAGGACAUCAUGCGUGACAUAGCAGAGCACGGUGACUCCUUUGGCAUUGUGACAGGUACAGUGCAAGUAGCCACUGGCAGUAAUUCUAGUGGACAAGGAGGCACCAUUGCUGGGACGGUUAUUGGUCUACUACUUGGGCUGCUGUUGCUUGGCAUAAUGCUGUUUCUCCAUAGGAAGGGGAUGAUAAGAUUACCAUCCGUACACUUGGCAGGCCUGCGGAACAGAAAGGAGGACCAGGAUGUUGUGGCAGGACCAAGUGACAAAGGGUUUGACAAUCCUAUAUUUGACACGCCGACCAACAGAGCUGAGUCACAUGGUGCAUGCUCCAGAGAGGAGGCCCGGAAGGAGAUGGCUAGUAAAGACAGUGGGAUUUAUUUUGUUAACCCUUUAUAUAAUGAAACUGAACUCAUUGCUUAA